CAGUAAACCAACGAGUUUUUUAAGAGGCUAAGUACAUUUGUUUGGUUCCACUGACCGUUUUCAAAAUCUCAGCUCUAAAAUAUAUAAGGCAAUUUCGUAUCAGAAAUCUUGGACUAUUUUUAAAUUAUCCUAGUUACUUUUAUGUUUUUUUUUCUAUCUUGUACAUUUGUACUUUUAUACUUUCUUUCUCUUUUGUACGUGCUAUCUUCCACCCCCGUACAUUUCCACUGGGUUGAUUUUCUUAAGUUCGAAAGUUUGUAAACUCAAGAUUGAGAGAAUUUUGAAAACUCUCAAGAUUGAGAGUGGGUUUUGAGAACAAUUGAGAAUUUGAGAUGCUCUCAGCGGCUACGGAUCUUAGAAGCCAUUGUUUAGCCGUAACAGUAUGUUCCUUUUCCUCGCCGGCGGUAAUGAGUCGCAUUCACGGAUCACCAUUGCCGCUUCCCGCGUAUCAGUAUUCGCUCAGCUCGUUUAGUUUCAUCACUUUGACCACGGCGGUCGGCGGCCAUGCAUGCCGUCGCGAGCCGCUAUCCGCAUGAAGCCCCCUUCUUUCUCGGUGUCCGUAACCACGGCAUCCCAGCUCCACGACGCCAUCGACCGCCUCCUCCCGCUCCUCCGCGCCGACGCCUCCCACGCCUCAGCCGCUCGCGCGAUCGCCGCGGCCGUCGCCUCAUUCCGGCCGCCCUCCACGCUCCUUUCCAACCGCAUCCUCCACCUCCUCUCCUCCCACCCGGCCACUCUCCCGGACGCGCUCGCCCUCCUCUCCUCCCUCCCAAGCACCGAUGUAUGCUCCUACAACACCCUCGUCGCGGCGCUCGGCCGCUCCCCGCGCGGCCUCGCCUCCGCGCGCGCGCUGUUCGACCGAAUGCCCCGGAGGGACCACUUCUCCUGGUCCGCCAUCGUCUCCGCGCACGCGCGCCACGGCCAGCCCCGCGCCGCGCUCGCGAUCUACCGCCGGAUGCUGCGGGAGCCGGGGAGCGCCGGCGUGGACAACGAGUUCACCGCGUCCAGCGCGCUCGCCGCGGCCACGGCCGCCCGGUGCGCGCGCGCGGGGAGGGAGCUGCACUGCCACGUGGUCAGGAGAGGGAUCGACGCGGAUGCCGUCGUCUGGAGCGCGCUCGCAGACAUGUACGCCAAGUGCGGGCGCGUGGACGACGCGAGGAGCGUGUUCGAUAGGAUGCCCGUUCGGGACGUCGUCUCUUGGACGGCCAUGGUGGAGAGGUAUUUUGACGCCAGGCGCGAUGGCGAAGGCUUCAGGCUGUUCGUGCGCAUGCUGAGGAGUGGCAUUCAACCGAAUGAGUUCACGUACGCAGGGGUUCUGCGUGCCUGCGCAGAAUUCACCUCGGAGAAACUCGGGAAGCAGGUGCAUGGUCGAAUGACAAAGAGCAGGGCAGGGGAUUCAUGCUUUGCAGAGAGUGCGCUUGUGCACAUGUACUCCAAGUACGGCGACAUGGGAACUGCAGUGCGUGUCUUUAGGGGGAUGCCAAAGCUGGACUUGGUGUCAUGGACGGCCAUGAUCUCUGGCUAUGCGCAGAAUGGGCAGCCAGAUGAGGCUUUGCGUUAUUUCGACAUGCUAUUGAGGUCAGGAUGCAGGCCUGAUCAUGUCACCUUUGUUGGUGUUCUAUCUGCAUGUGCUCAUGCCGGCCUGGUUGAUAAAGGUCUGAGUAUCUUCCAUUCGAUAAAGGAUGAAUAUGGUAUUGAGCACACUGCUGAUCAUUAUGCUUGUGUGAUUGAUCUCCUCAGCCGGUCAGGCCUGUUUGAGCGAGCAGAAGAGAUGAUCAACACAAUGUCUGUAAAGCCUAACAAGUUCCUUUGGGCGUCCUUGCUUGGUGGCUGCCGGAUCCAUAAGAAUGUCCGUCUCGCAAGGUGGGCAGCGGAAGCAUUAUUUGAAAUUGAGCCUGAAAAUCCAGCAACAUAUGUUACUCUAGCCAAUAUUUAUGCAUCGGUUGGUUUGUUUGAUGAAGUUGAGAAUACGAGACGGAUCAUGGAGUUAAAGGGCAUAACUAAAAUGCCAGCCUCAAGUUGGAUUGAAGUUGGGACAAGAAUGCAUGUGUUUCUGGUUGGGGAUAAGUUGCAUCCUCAAGCUGAACAAGUAUAUGCGCUUCUGAAGAAGCUGUAUGUAAAGAUGAGGGAAGAAGGGUAUGUGGCAGACACUGGAUUUGUUCUCCAUGACGUAGAAGAUGAGCAGAAGCAGCAGGACAUUGGUUAUCAUAGUGAGCGGCUUGCUGUUGCUUUUGGAAUCAUUGCCACUCCGAAGGGGGCUCCUAUCAAGGUUUUCAAGAAUCUGCGCAUUUGUGGGGACUGUCAUACCACUAUUAAGUUAAUAUCAAAGAUUGUGCAGAGAGAGAUCAUUGUCAGGGACUCUAAUAGGUUCCAUCACUUCAAGAACGGGAGUUGUUCUUGCAGGGACUAUUGGUGAUCUGUACUGCAUAUACAAGGAAAUGGACAAAUGGUUUCAAGUUUUAACUUUUGACUUUUUGAUACUGGAAAUGACUAAGGUCAAUGUUUGGCAGUACUGAUAUGGUGGCUUGUUUGGCAUGUUAGCUCUUUUGCAGUACAACUAGGCAAACUGCAACAAAAUGGCACUUGAAUCAUUCCUUCUGCAAA